UUAUUUUUUUAAAAACAGGUCACUAGCUAAACUGUGCUAUGAGACAAAAUCAGAAGCAAUGACGUAAUGCAGUGGUCGUACUUCCUAAUCUCGGCCGCCUGGAGGCGCUGCGACUCAGCGCGAAUUUUCUCGAUUUGGAAAACACGAGAAACGCAAACUCCCUCCCCCCUCCUACUCCUCCCUUGACGCACGCCCCCCUCAGCCUACCUUUCCUAUUGGUUACCUCUGCGUCCGGACUUUAAAUAAACUGUACAAUCAGAGAGCUGAAAGGGCGGUCCUGCGUUAUCGAGUUGCUGGGCAGAGCGGAUAGGGGACGUUUGAAACAGAACGGCUGCGUUAUCGUUGGGAAGGCGAAACGCUAAAAGAGUCAUGGCAGCGGACUGUGAGGCAUGGCUGAACGCCAACCCCGUGGCGGACGACCUGAGCGACUCGUAUCAGUCGGGCAACGAGGAGAACGCCCUCGUUUCCAGAGCCGACGACGAGAUCAACGGGAACUGGGUCCCCGCGCCGGUGGGCACCGUGCAUGAGGCUCGGCUCAAGGCCAAGGCCAAGCGGCGCCUCCGCAAGAACUCGUCCAGAGACUCGGGCCGGGGGGAUUCGCUGAGCGAGAACGGAGACGCCUCCCGCUCCGCCGUGCCCCCUGCCAGCCCCAAAGGCAAAGUGCUGGACCGCAGAUCACGCCUGGGCAAAGGGAGGGGCCUGCCGAAGAAAGGUGGCGCUGGUGGUAAAGGUGUGUGGGGAACACCGGGAGAGGUGUACGACGUGGAGGAGGUCGACGUCCGGGACCCCAAUUACGACGAAGAUCAGGAGAACUGCGUGUACGAGACGGUGGUGCUGCCGCUGGACGAGGACAACUUCACUCGGACCGUCACGCCCAUCGUUCAGGAGUACUUUGAGCACGGAGACUCCGACGAAGUAGCGGAGUUAUUAGGCGAGUUGAAUCUGGGCUCCAUGCGCAGCGACGUCCCGCUCCUGGCCGUCUCGCUGGCGUUGGAGGCCAAGGCGAGUCAGAGAGAGCUCACGUCCCUCCUGCUGUCGCGCCUGUGCGGCCGAGUCCUCAGCCGCUCCGACAUCGAAGCCUCCUUCCGCAAGCUGCUGAAAGAGCUUCCUGACCUGGUGCUGGACACGCCCACAGCGCCACAGCUGGUUGGUCAGUUCAUUGCCAGAGCUGUAGCAGAUCAGAUUCUCUCGAAGAGCUACAUCGAUGGCUAUAAAGGAAGCGUGGACUGCGAGCACGCCAGGGCCGCUCUGGACCGCGCAGCCGUACUGCUAAAGAUGAGCAAGGAGUCGGGACUUAAGAUAGAUAACCUCUGGGGCUUAGGGGGAGGCCAGAGACCUGUCAAUCAACUCAUCAACGAGGUAAACCUGCUGCUGAAGGAGUACGUGCUGUCAGGUGACACGGCGGAGGCGGAGCGGUGUUUGAGGGAGCUCGAGGUGCCACACUUCCAUCAUGAGUUUGUCUACGAGGCAAUAGUCAUGGUUCUGGAAUCCAAAGGAGACACGACGCUUCAGGCGAUCCUGAAGCUGCUGAAAUCUCUCUUUGACUCGUCAGUCAUCACUCUGGACCAAAUGAGAAGGGGUUACGAGAGAGUGUAUAUGGAUAUCGCCGAGAUUAAUAUCGACGUGCCGUGUGCGUACUCGCUCCUCGAGCACUUUGUGGACAAGAGCUUUAGUGCUGCAGUCAUCGACAAAAAACUCCGAGACCUGUGUCCAUGUCGAGGAAGGAAGAGGUUCGUCAGUGAAGGAGACGGAGGACUUCUCAAACUCGAAACCUACUGAUUCCACCACUUCCCAUGUCCACCUUUUGUGCUACGUGUGUGUGUGUGUGUGUGUGUCCUACAGGUUUAGGUGUAUAUAUAUAUCUCUUCCUGACAAGAACGUAGCGCUUGCGCAAAGUAACCCGACUAUGGAAUAACCCAAACACACACACACACGCACGCCUUUUAAGGUGACCAGAUAAGCUAAAACCCUGAAAAAGUGCCACACUUUGAAAUGACUCGUCAUUCCAGGUUUUGUAUUUCAGUUCACUGCCACUCCGCGUAUUUCACUGACUCUCCAGUUAGCAGGAUAACUCGGGCCAGAUGUCACUUAACCUGGCUUAAUUUAUCCGGCCUGUAUGAUUUGUUUGCUUUGCAAAUUCCGCUCUGUGAACCGUCUCUACUUUGCAGUGUUUAUGGGAUCGUUUGCUCGGUAGGUUUGUGAGACCUUCAUGUUGGUUUAUUUCUCUCUCUCUCUCUCUUUUUCUUUUUCCAAUCUGCCUGAACACGUCUCUUUCCGUUUCGCCGCUCGGUCUGACAAAGACGUCGAUACUGGAUGCAACAGACAACCAAAUGGCAAUACAGAGAAAUGUGACCCAAUCGGGAUUAUUUCACACGGAGGUUGUCAACUUUUUAUUUUAUUUUAUUUUUUUUAAAUAUUUCUUUUUUGCGAACACUGACGUGGGCAUAUUUACCAAAUGUUCUCGCUCUUUUUUUUUUUUUUUUUUUUUUUUUUUUUUUUUUUUUGUUAAAAAUGGUUAAGAAAUAAAUAAAGGUUAAAGUAAUAGUUUGUGU